AUGGUCAAAGAAAACUGCAGCCAAGUGACUGAAUUCCUUUUCACAGAAUUCACAGCUGAUCCAGCUAUUCAGGUCAUGCUCUUUAUGCUGUUCCUUGGGAUCUAUCUCACUACAAUGGUAGGAAACCUUGGCAUCAUUUUCUUAAUCAGGGCUGACUACCAACUUCACACCCCCAUGUAUUAUUUCCUUGGUAAUUUAGCUUUUGUAGAUAUUUGUUAUUCCACUCUCAUCACUCCCAAAUUGAUGGCUGAUUUGAUAACAAAAAGGAAAGCCAUUUCUUAUGCUGGGUGUGCAGUCCAGGUCUUUACUUUGUGUCUCUUUGGAGUUACAGAGUGCAUCCUCCUGGCUACAAUGGCUUAUGACCGGUAUGUGGCCAUUUGUACUCCGCUAGUGUAUUCCGUUAUCAUGUCCCCAAGACUCUGUGUCCAGCUGGUCAUUGGGUCAUUCUUAGCUGGGUGGGUAAAUGCAGUAACACAAACAGCAGGCAUGUUACAGUUAACCUUCUGUGGCUCCAAUGUCAUUGAUCUGUUCUUCUGUGACAUCUCUCCAUUGUUAUCACUUUCCAACUCUGACACAACUAUCAAUCAUAUAGUCAUACUAGUUGUAACCGUUGUAUUUGGGGUGUUCAGUAUCCUGAUUGUCCUCAUCUCCUACAUUUUCAUCCUCUCUACCAUCUUGAGGAUCCACUCUACUAAGGGUAAAUGCAAAGCCUUCAGCACCUGUGCCUCUCAUUUUAUGGCUGUGAGUGUUUUCUAUGGGACCUGUCUCUGCAUUUAUUUAAAAUCCAACUCAAACAAUUCUCAGGCAAAGGACAAAGUGCUCUCAGUGUUCUACACAGUGGUGACCCCCAUGCUGAAUCCCCUGAUCUACAGCCUGAGGAACAAGGAGGUGAAGGAUGCCCUCAGAAAAGUCAUAAAUAAAAAAUGUUACUUUUAA